CUGAAGUUGCUGGCUGGCAGCGCUGGAUAAAUCAAAGGACUUUGACUUUGGGAAGCCAAUGUUUUGGGGUUUCCUGCUUCCUCUCGGAUUGAUUCAAGUCUACAACGUGGUUCUGUUGGUCCUGGUCUCUCGGACCGACACUGCCUUCAAGAGGAUCAGGAAGUUCCUGAACAGUUUCUCUCUGGCCGUGUUACUCGGUCUGUCCUGGUCUCUGGGUUACUUGGUGCUGGUUACCACGGGAACCGCCCACCUGGCACUCAGCUACCUCUUCUGCAUCUCCACCACCACACAGGGGCUCCUUAUAUUUGUCCUGUUCACCGCCAUUAAGCCAAGCUUCAGAGGCCGUGUGGCGCGAUCUCUUCGGACGAUCCCGUCCGUCAACAUCCAACUCAAACAGUUUAAAUAUAAUUUGCAGAGAGACUUGCCCAGCUCCAACGAGUCCUACAGAGCCCGUAGAGACUAGAGAC